UCCCAAUAAGGUACCAACACGCACAAUACCAUCAUCCGUAUACUGUCACUCAAGCCGGUAACAUUGUACAAAUCUUCACCGUUACACCACAAACACACCCACGAACACAUCUCGAACACCCCUCCCUCUUCCUCCUCAUGAUUCCUUUAUAAAAAUCCUCUGGCCGCCUCCGAAUUCCUCAUCGUCUCGCCAUCCCCCGCACCCCCCUCCCCCACCCUGAUCCGGUACAGAUUGGAAAGAGAGCAACCAAUAUGGCUUCCUCGAGCUCUUCGUUGGCAACGGCCGGCUUGCUGCAGCGCCAGUUGAAGCAGAUGCAAGAGGAUAAGGACAUUCCCGGCAUCAGCUGUGGUCUGGUAGACGAUAACGUCUUUGACUGGGAGGUCAUGCUGAUGAUCAAUGAGGACUGCAAGCACUAUGGCGGCGGUUUCUUCCGAGCUCGCCUCUCAUUCCCGAGAGAAUAUCCCCUAAUGCCACCGAAGAUGAAGUUCGAAACCCCCAUCUGGCACCCCAACAUUUACCCCAAUGGUGAAGUCUGCAUCUCCAUCCUCCACCCCCCAGAAGAAGACAAAUACGGCUACGAAUCCGCCGCCGAGCGCUGGAGCCCUGUCCAGACCCCGGAGACCAUCCUGCUGUCCGUCAUCAGCAUGCUGUCCAGCCCCAACGACGAGAGCCCCGCCAACGUCGAGGCCGCUCGCAUGUGGCGCGACGAUCCGCCCGAGUUCAAAAAGCGCGUGCGGAAGUGCGUGCGGGAUAGUCAGGAGAGCUUUUGAUGGGCCGAUGACGAUCAGUGCUCCAAGAUGGUCGUGCUGGAGUGAUGGUGAGAGGUUUUUGCUAUGCAUUUCUGCGUUGCCGCUCCGUCAAUAUUAUCGGAGAACUAAGGCGAUUAGGUAAUUGGAUCGGAAGGUGGUGAUCCGCACCAAGCGAAUGGGUCUGGAAUUGCAAUGACGGCGCUAGGUCUACCUCUCGUAUACAUAUCUUACUUAUGCAGUCGAACGAGUCACGCCGAAUACAAUCGAAUACGAAUGAUAUAU